UAACCAGCCGUCCUGCAACACUUCGUGUUCGACUCUUCCAUUUUGUGGUGUUUCUUUGAACGUGGAAGAAAAUGCCGGACCCUGCCAAAUCCGCUCCUGCUCCAAAGAAGGGCUCGAAGAAAGCUGUCACAAAAGUCCAGAAGAAAGACGGCAAGAAGCGCAAGCGCAGCCGCAAGGAGAGCUACUCUGUCUACGUGUACAAGGUACUGAAGCAAGUGCAUCCGGACACGGGCAUUUCGUCCAAAGCCAUGGGCAUCAUGAACUCCUUCGUGAACGACAUCUUCGAGCGCAUCGCUGGCGAGGCUUCCCGCUUGGCGCAUUACAACAAGCGUUCGACCAUCACUUCCCGGGAGAUCCAGACGGCCGUGCGCCUGCUGCUGCCUGGGGAGUUGGCUAAACACGCCGUGUCGGAGGGCACCAAGGCCGUCACCAAGUACACCAGCUCCAAGUGAAGCGCAGCCGAGACGUGAUUGAUCGACUUUACCCCAAAGGCUCUUUUCAGAGCCACUUCAGCUCUCGAAGAAAGAGCUGUAACAACUAAAGGCCUAUGAUCUCUUGCUUAGGUAAGGUGGGGCGGCAAAUCUGUCUCCCUGCAGGGCUCUGGUGCAAUACCGACAUUUCAAAGACUGUUGUGCGGGCGGGGUGCGGCGCAGCCUGUCGCAUCACGUACAUGAUACAGUGUAUUCCCUGUUAUCUAUUAGUGCUGCUAUAGUGUGAGCCGACCGCAAGUGAACCUCACCAAUUUCUGUCACUUCUAAGCCGUAGUCCCUCACAGCCCUGGGGCAUCAGGAAAUCAGGUCUGCCUAGCUCAUGAUGUGGAGACAGUCACUGGCAUCAGGCAGUUCCCAAUGCCGCUGAGCAGGAACAUCUGAAACUCAGUUCAAGGCACUAUUCAAAUUCCUACCCGUUUUAGGUUAUUGUGGGUUGUUUGGUAAAGAUUGAAUGUCCCGUAGACUAAGUUAUAAGCAUGUAUAGAAGUCAAGUGCUGGAGUCUCGUCCACCCCCUUGUGGUUCGCGGCGGCGAGCGUGGGGCGAGAGAAGAUUGGCUGCAAGUCCUGACUGCUGCGCCAUUUCGCUGCCCGACUCCACGCGUGUUCUUAACGUCAGCAUCAGCCCUAAGUGCCGUUUUCACAGCAGCAGCAGACUUUUCUCUGAGCGCUUACCGUGGACAGCGAGAAUGAGACUAGUCCUAACCCUCAAACCAAGAACUGAAUGCUCUUCAGAAAGGUUUUUCUUUCUCUGAUUCUCUUCCUGUCAAAAUGAGACAAUCAAGCCCUUAAGUAGUUAUCAGUGGGUCGGGGGUAGGAAGCACUGCAGGCGCCAUUGGUCCUCCAGCACUUUCCUUUCCCAGCAAGUUCGCUUGUAGAUAUUUUAGCGCUCUAAAGUAGCUUCCCUCUGCAUAGUGCAUUGAACUCCUUACUGUAUAAAUCAUCUUUCCAAUAAGGCAUCUAGGCCUCUGGCAGGACGUGAUUCUGUAGAAACUAAAAGUAUCUUUUAUGUGGCCCAAUAGGGGAAAGUGGGUUUUAAAACUUGACGGUGGCUCAUGCCUUUAACCCCUGCUCUCUAGAGGACAGCUUCAUAUCUAGGCCAGCCAUAGUGAGACCCUGUCUAUAUAAUUUUUGGCAAGUUUUUGGUAAUAACUUCCAAUCCUAUGAUGGUGUAAACUGGGCAGUGGUGGCAUGUGCCUUUAAUCCCAGGCUUCAGGAAGACCUCUAUUAGUUCAAGGCCAGCCUGAACUACAGAGCAAGUUCCUGGGUUGCCAGGGCUACACAAAGAAACCCUGCCUCGGAAAAACAAACAAAACACGUGGUGUAGUACUUCACACCAGUGGUGGGGAGGGGGACUAAAGAGGAUUCCUAUUAAACCCUUCCUGCUUUCGCACAAAAGGGAGCCAAGGGAAAAGAGCACCUACAGCUCAUCUCCACGACUGUCUGAUAGAAGUCAUUUCAUCCAGAUAGGCUACUUUAAUAGACAGGAAAAAGGUGUGCUAACUAAUGUAUGCACACAUGAACAAUGGGGUUAGGCCAGCCAAAGGACUAACCUUGUGUUCUGAGGUUUCUGCACUAGGAAAAUCUAAAGGAUUUGCUUGUCAGUUCCUUUGUUGGGGAUUUUAUUUUCUCUGAGUCAUUUUAAGAAUCUAAACUAUGGAGGCUGGAAAGAUGGCUCAGCGGUUAAGAGCAUUGCCUGCUCUUCCAGAGGUUCUGAGUUCAAUUCCCAGCAACCACAUGGUGGCUCACAACCAUCUGUAAUGAGGCCUGGUGCCCUCUUUAGGCAUGCAUGUAGACAGAAUAUUGUAUACAUAAUAAAUAAAUAAAUAUUUUAAAAAAAAGAAUCUAAACUAUACAACAUUUUCAUACCGGUUUCCAAACACUAGGUGGUAGAAAUUGUUCUAAAUAACCAUUCCCUACCCCAUCU